AGAAACAGCGUUUUUUUUUCGUCGAAGGAGUAUUGCACGACUUGCUAAUUCCCAUUGUUUAUAGUUCGCUCGUUUUCAAGUCGCCUAUUCUUCACUUUGUAGGCAAGAAAGAGAGGAGGUCCGGAAGCGAGUAGACUUUGUGCUAUCUGUUUCGAUCCCAUUUUCCCCUUAGCGUUCAUAUAUCUCUUUCCUCUUUCUCGUCUACAACACAUCACGUUUCUUUGCUGCUUCGUCAACUUACAGCAACGACUGGAGUUUAGGUCUUCGCAAGGAAUACCUUUUCUUUUGCUUGUCUUUAGUGCCGCAAUACUCAUCACUUGCAUCUUCUUCUUCCUUUCUCCGUUCAAUUUCACGAACUGGGAGAAUACGCUUAGCCAGUCAACAACUUCAAUACAGCUUUAGACGAAACAUCCGAUAGUGAAAAUGGGAGCGUCCACUUCCACUCUAGAGGCAGCGAGGCUCGUCCGCACACUCGUCUCCGACGAAGCCGCGCCUGCCGAGACCUUCGUUGUGCUGCUCAACACACCAAUGACAGACGCCGAAGCAUCGCAGGCCUUCCCAGUCGAGCAGCUUCGCCAGCUGCGGCAUCUCCACACCCGCAACUUUGCCGUCUUGCUCUACCGCUGCAUCGGCGCCGUCGCAACUGUGGCAGCUAAGAGGCAUGACGUCAACACCACCCCCAACGCGCCAAGCACCAUCCUCACUGCGGAGCUCAUGACCCAGUUUUACGCGGCGUUGCGCAUCCUGUAUCAUGUGUUACCGGUUGCGCUGGAGGGCGGCUCUACAACGCUCGACCUCGCAGCGGAAGGGGAAAGUCUCCAGCAGAAUCACCCCUCCCUCGCAACGCCGAACGAUGCGGAGCGAACAGAGACGCCGCCGCCGUCGUCUCAGCGUCGCCAUCGCACCAACGCGACUCAAAACUUUCAGCAGCUUUUCUUUGCGCAAGGCAGCACCUGCGACGAUGACAACCCGGACGACGUCUUCCCGCUCAUGCCGCGACAAAACAUCCAUCUCUCUCCUGCACAUCCGUACGCCAAGCCACAGCCGCUGGGCUCUUUCCUCGCCUGGUCGCUUGUAGAGUGCUGCUUCAUUCGCGGGCUCACGCUGCCUGAGCAAGCCGUGCAGCCCGCUGAGCCGCAGCUGAGCGUCAUCCAUGCAGAGGUGAAUGUAGGAAUUAUGUGGUGCCCGGGACUCGCCUCGGAAGACCCACUUCAAGCUUUUGCGUCCGCCAAAAGCACCCCCAGCUUCUCCUGGGCCGCCCCGAAGCUUCCGUCUACGCGCAAAAGACUGUUGGAUAUACUAUUCAUAAUGCUCUCUUCACCCGUGUACCACGGCCCUGACUUUCGUGACACCAUCUUUCUCGAACCUAUCUUGUCCACCAUCUCGGUGCCACUGAUGCCCACGCUAGCGAUUUCGAUGCUCAACACCAUUUUGCAGUUUGUCCCGUACGGGUAUCUGCCUUACACGAGUCACCUUGGGGUCGAGGAGAGGGAGCUGGUGGAAACCUGCGCUCGUGUUCUCGACGCCACGCUUGCCUACGUUGGCGUUCCGCUGGACUCGUCCACAACCCAACGCGAUGCUCGACACGGUGACGCGGACGGUUCCGCGCCAGCUUCGUUUUCUAGCGGGCACCGAAGCGGCCGUGAGCGCCUGCAGGAGGGUAAAGGUGGAGAGGCUUCCGCGGAGGCCUCGCGCGGACUCCCACGUAUCCACCAAGGGAGCCGGCACUCUCUGGCCGAGUCUGCCGCGAGUGAGUCGAGCCCGUCGCAGGCUUCGCCGGGUUCACGUCCGACAGAGACAGCCAACCAGGACUCCGGCAGCAACUCUGCCGCAGGACAAUCGUCGAGGCAUGGGGCAACGCCGCGCUUUGUGCACAGCGUUCGCAAGGCACUUCGCGACAUCACGAUUACAGAGGCGAAGGUGGUUGUGGAGCGGAUGCAGGCGAUUCUCGGCGUGAAUGCGUACGCAAACCAGACGUACCUUCCUACAUCGCAGAGCCGCUUCGGGUCGCUGGAUGAAUUCAUGCUGCUCUUCUGGAAGAUUCUUGACCUCUCUCCUACGUGUCUCGCACAAUUCGGCAGCAGCCCCCGCGCGCUUGACUAUGUGAUCCCCAUUCUGGAUUACGCGCUGGAAGUGCGCCGCAGCUCUCUUUACGUGUACCGCUUUCAAAUGAUGCUGUUCGUGCUCACCCGUCUCUCCGAAGUGCGCGGCUUUGUGCUGCAGUGCAACCAGGUGAGUGCGGCGGCACUUCCCUUCCGCUUCCCGAAGCUGUCCCCGAACCACACCUACAAUGACCUUAUCGUGCUGGCGCUGUGCAUCGUCAUGGAGAUGAAGGACAUCGCUCCCCUUACACCGCUCUUCCCCUCUUGCACGGUGAUCUUGGUCAACAUGGCGCCCUUUAUCACGUCGCUGGGUCGCCUUCCGUCGAUGAAGCUGGUGUCCGUCUUCGCCCAUGCGGCGUAUCGCUGCCUGCAUAACGGUACCUCAGCGCGGGCGUCACCGGCGCCGCCGCCGGACAGUAACACGAAGGCAACAUCGCCGGCCACCACGACGGAAGCCCCGGUGGACGUCCUUCAUCAGUCGAUGAUGGUCAACCUGUGCGAGGCGAUUGCAAGUCUUCUGCAGUACCAGUCAAACAGCGCACUGUACAUUCUCGCCUCCCUGGUCGAUCACCGCGCGGUGGUGCGAGAGGCGAAGGAGGCGUACGUUGUCCGCCGCACAAAGGUGGUCACCGGUGGCUUUCCGCUGCCUUUCUUGAUCAAUACCCUGGACACCGCCGUCUCGGUGGCGCUGCCGGUGGUGGAGAGCACGGACGCCCUUCGCAAAAUCUCAAAGUACUACAUGGACUCAACGUCACCCGAGGCGGUCAACAACGCGACGGCGGCGUUGGAACGCACCAGCGCUUUCAUGCCACCUGUGGGGAUGGGCGAAGCUGGCGUCGGAAUCGCCGCAAGCGACGAGGCGAUUGAACGACUUCGGACACUGAGUCUUGUAGGGGUGCUUCCCACUCCUCACAGCAUCGUUAUUCGAAAGUUUCAGUCGACUAAGGAUGUUGAACAUUGGACAUCGACGACGUUCUGGACAAGCGCGUACAUUCACGCCGCCCCUGGCACUCUUGGCGAUCGCGACUCGGUGAAGCUUGUCCAGUUUGUGGGCGCGAGACUGGGGGAAUGA